CAUACUAAAUAUACAGACAUAGGGGUUGAUAUAAACAGAUAACAAUAAAUUAACGAACAUUGAAAAAGUGAAAAUUUGAAAAUUUACACCGUGAUACACUAAAUGAUACUGACAAUGUUUAUACCAAAUGUUACCUGGUGUUAUCCCAUGAAAUAAUCAUUUGUCGAGCCGGAUACUGUAUCUGUUACUAGAUGAAGGUCAUCGGGAAAAACCUUAUGCCAAAAAUAGAACAAUGGUGGUGACAUCAUUCUCAUUGGCUAGACACUCGCUGUUUGGUAUUCCCAAUCUCUAUUCCUUUUCAAUCACACACAAAGGGAGUGCAAGGACCGUAACUCUGCGUAGAGAUUGGGUAUUCCCCUACAUUGAAAGUCUAGUUCCGGGUCGUUAAUUAAGUGAAUAUAACCGGGGUAGUUUGUACACGUAUUACAAUGUGUAUGAAGACAUGGGGUAUACGUACAGCUCUACAUAAGGAAAGAUGUCUAGCAAUCCGUCUUACUCUCACUACGACAUCCCAUGUGAUAUGUCGAACCCUAAAUACCAGAACAGUGAGAGGUCUGCGAGUAUCUCCACGACUGGAUCGAGUAGCAGCAUCAUCCCCGGGACUUCUGGGUGUGACUUCCGGCCCCUCACCUCAAAGAAAUCGGCUGACCGGUAUUCAUGCGUUUUAAUCAUCAUCGCCAUUUUCCUCGCCUGCUUUUGUGUGGCUCUGGGCACAUGCGUGGCAAUUUUGUUUUCCAAUCUCGAGCAUGUUCGUGCGCAACUGCAGAGAGCAUCUGGUGAUUCGGUUGACCGGAAGGUGUGCCUGCUAUGUGACGAACUUACUAUGUCUCCUUUUGAGGACGAAAAUGCUGCUACGCAGAAACUGGAAGUGACGUCAGAUGACAACGGUGACCGAGUGUGCUGCGCAAACGAUGCAAGACAGUCCAAGGUCAUGUUUGAUCUGUUGUUUAAGAAGAAGAACAAGAUUACAUGCAUUGAAGAAGUGAACGCCGCCCAGACCGCGUGUAAUCGGACAUUGCCUGGUCCUGUCUUGACGGGAAGAGUAUCUGCCCACCUCCACAUAGGUGUCCAAACACCACGCAACGAUCAUGGUGACCAGCCAGUGCGGAAUUGGCAAUCAAACUAUCCGACAUCUCACAUCGAGGGAAUUAACUUAACAAAUGACCGACUGAUCAUCAACACGACCGGACUGUACGUUGUCUAUAGCCAGAUCUACUUCUCCAAGUACGUCCCUCCCACAACGCCCAAGUCCAGCAGUGUCCUUUACCACUACGUGUACCGGUACAACGUCAUCUAUCCCAACACCGGCAACCAACUACUGAUGGAAAGUGUCAGGACCUUGAAGCUUGUCCCCGUGACGUCACAUAGCGACCACACGAGUUACACGUCGGCGACGCUUCGUCUGAAGGUUGGUGACGAAAUCUACGUUAAAGUGUCCAACAUAUCCAUGGUUUCGCGAGCAGAAGAGGCCAGUUUCUUGGGUGUGGUACAGAUAGCGUAACGUCCAAUGGAUGUGGUUUAUACACCAGCACGUCACGGCCGGGGUUCGAAUCUCGGUACUGGUGUGAGCGCUCUCCUGCACCUGCCGACCAAAGCGCAGUUCCGGACCCGCGACUAGAAAACUGCAGGUCCCGUGUCCACUGCACGUUAAAGACAGAUCGUAUCAGACUACAUAUCCAGAUAGGACCCAACGCUGUGGGUCCCGUGUCUACUGCACGUUAAAGACAGAUCGUAUCAGACUACAUACAUGUAUGUGUUGCUUAUUGUAGUUGAACAAUUAUAUAUUUCGUGAAUGGCAGCUGUGUAUUUUAUAUUCCAAAAGAGUGUAUAUUUUUUGAGACAUAAACAAUGUCUAAACAUUCCUACUGUGAUAUAGAAGUUUGAGACAGGAUGAUAUAUAAUGUAAACGUCCAUUUUUUUUUUAUUUUUUUUUCGCGAUUUUCACGCGGUAAACAUUGCGCUCAUUAAUGAUUACGCUGAUGGGACUUUCUGUAAAUGGUUUUGUUCGCGUUUAUUGAUUCAAUUUUGAUCAUUAAUGCCUUAAUCUGUUAAAAUUCGAUAAUACGCUCGCAUUUUUGUCCGCUAACAUGAUAACUUUUACAGUAUAUAGAGUGCUUAUGUGUGUAGAGAGGCAGGGCUGAAAUGGGAAUGAACGAAUGGAAUAAAUCAUGCAUGAAAUAAAAUAUUAAAAAAUAAAACUAAACUAUGCCUUUUUUACGUUGAUAGCAUGUAACCUGUCCCUCGAUGCUAAUGUUGACCGGAGUUGACCCUACGCAGGCACGUUGUGUACUGUAGUAGGUUCAGUUUUACGAACUAAGGCAAGAAAGAGUUAGUUCCCUUUGCAUGCAGAGAAAAAUCUACUUUACUUAUUUUGUAGACGUAGUCGGGCUAGCGGAUUCAAUACUGAAACCUGAUAACGAUUUGAUCUUAUUUGUGAUACCUAAGUCUGUCUCGACCUCAAUCAAGCGUUCCAUAAGGUUUGCUGGUGUGUACAUGCCACCUAAUUAUGUUAUUUUAUUUUCUAACUAUUUUCUAGGCAUCAGAUAAAUGUCUUCUUCAAAUGUCCGCUUCACAAAAGCUUCACAGAAGAAAACCCCUGAUUCUACCGUCAGUUGUCUUAGUAAUAUAGGCACGUAAAUAUUGAUAUGAAACUGGUUUUAUAAACAAAUUUUGAGGUAUUUUUGUUGUUGUUUGUGCAAGAUAUAAAACCAUCAAGUAAUGUAUGAGGGAUGCAGUGUUUCACCUGUUGUUAAUAUGGAAAGAGACGUUCACACCAUUACAUGUUAUUUUGUUUUUCCCGUGUCCCUCUGUAUCCUUUAUAUUACAGCGAACCCGCAAGGUUGUCGUUCCAUCGAUUGAGUCGCCCUUGCUCAACACAGAGGGUAACUGAGGGGGAAACAUCAAUCCCCAUUGUUUUUAUAUGAAAACGAAAAUAUAAGCAAUGCAUACU